AUGUCCGAGUUUGUCCUCGUCUGCUCCCACCCUGACUCGAUGCGGAAAGUGUGCUCCAACACCUUGAUGGCAAGCGUUGUGUCCAAGCGUUGCACCCCCAUGCUCAUCGUGGAGGUGAAGGCAGCUGUGGAUGUUGCAAAGCACUUAUGGCAGCCACUGGCUACUGCACCAGUGUGGGUGCUGCUCACGGACAUGCAGACAUGGUACUUUGCCAAGGUCCAGCAUGCAGGGCCACAGCCGCAAACAAAUGAGCAGGGUGCAGCAGCAGCAGCUGCACAGGCGCCAACUUCGGUUGUGCUGCAGGACCCAGCUGCCAGCCCGAUGUGGGCCAAAGCAAGCUUGUAUGUGUACUCCAUACAGCUAUAUGGGGAGAUCCAUGCUGGCAUGCAGACGACUGACAACUCAAAUUACUACAAGGUGCUGCAACAGUUACUGCAGAUCAUGUACCCCGGCCUGCACCUGCGGGAGCUGCCAACACGCCAAGAUGCUGGCCAGGAAGUGAUCAACUCGCAGACGGAGAGCUGGGUCAAGCAGUCCCUGGUGAAUGCCAAGGAAAUCGCUAACUUAGCGGUGGAGACCGCAAAGCUGGCCGCGGCGGCGGUGGCACUAAUGCAGGUGCUGCUUGGCUGCAGUAUAGCGUCUGCGAUGCAUGAGGGCUGGCUGGAGGUGGCAGCGCCGGCUGGCACUGUUGAACGCGCUGAUAGUGCUGGCGGCGUGGCAGGCCUGGCUAACAAAAGCGGCAAUGGCCCACUGCAGUUUAGAGCCUGUUGUGUUGGACACAAGGGCUGGCUGCUGGUACCAGCGCCGACUGGCUGCAUAGCUGGCGGUGACAGCACUGGGUUGCUUUGGCAGCAAAGGCCUGCUGCAGUGUAG